AUGAACUUACUCUCUGUACAUGAUAGAUCCUCGUAUGUGGAGGCGCUGGACAACAUAUCCAAAGGUCGUUUAUUCACUGAUUUUGCCUCCUUUACAUUUGCAUCGCUCUCAUCAAACUUCAAUGAAACAGGUCAUGCUGAAUCUGCACCUCCAAACAUUCCGCUGGAACGAGGUGAUAUUCGCAACUCGGCAUUCCUGAAUGAUGUCUUUACAAAGCACAAGCCUGAUGCUGUCAUCCACUUGUGUGCUUCCAUUGAAGCUGGUGAAAGUGUCAAUGAUCCAUUGUCCUUUUGGGAUAACAAUGUAUACGGAACACAGAAAUUGCUAGAAGCCAUGCGGGAUCAUGGAUGCAAAUACUUUGUGUUUUCAUCAACUGCUGCUCUAUUCGGUCUACCAAAACGUGUACCCAUUGAAUCGGAUGAUCCAAUUGCUCCAGUCAAUCCAUAUGGAGACACGAAAUAUGCUGUGGAACUCAUGCUUCGAAACUCUGAUGUAGCUCACGGUAUCAAGUCUGUAUGCCUUCGUUACUUCAAUGCUUGCGGUGCCGAUGCCAGUGGUGAAAUUGGAGAAGUACAUCAACCAGAGUCUCACUUGAUUCCAAUCUUGUUGCAAGUGGCUUUGGGUCAACGAGAAAAGGCAUAUCUGUUUGGUGACGACUAUCCUACUCCUGAUGGAACUUGUAUUAGAGACUAUAUUCACGUUACGGAUUUGGCUUCUGCUCACAUCAAGGCUGUCGACUUUCUGGUGAAAAGUAACACCUCUGAUCGAUUCAAUUUGGGAUCUGGACAAGGAUUCUCUGUCAAGGAAAUUGUAGAAGCCGUGAGAAAAGUUACAGGUCAUCCACUUCCUAUUGAAAUCAAGCCUCGUCGUGCUGGCGAUCCACCAGUACUGAUUGCUGCUUCAGGAAAAGCCGAGGAGAUAUUGGGAUGGAAGAGAACUUAUACAAAUGCCAAACGACCAACCCAAAUGACAUUAGAAGAACACAUGUAUUCUCGCGAAGUUGGUAACGGCUCUAGUGGCUAUGAAGCAGGAGACUUGAAACUGCCUCCAUUAGAACAGCUUCAAAAUCCGAAACGACCACAACGAGCUGCAGUGAAGAACCGACUUCCCAUAGUAGAGGAUCCUAGUGAUGUAGAUGAAUUAGAUGAUGAGCAACCUGCUGCCCAAGACAAACCAAAUGAUGCCGUCUAUCCACCACAAUCUGAUUACAAUCAAGGCUAUAACAUGUAUUACAACAACAAUCGAGGUCCCUACGGCUCGCUUCCCCCACCACCACGACAACAGCAAUACAGCCCUCCCAUGAAUGUACCUGGUUACCCAGUCGAGCCUCCGAUAGUGCCACACCGUGAACAACAGCAACAUCAGCAACAACCUGUAUAUCCUCUAGAUGCACCAGGUACGCCAACAUCUUCCGACGAUGGGCCAACUACGUCCAACACGAAAGCUCGCCCGUCCAACUCGGCUUCGCGUGGAUCUCGUCGCGCAAUAUCAUCAGAUGGAGGUCCAUUCUUCAAAGCGACUCGUCAAGUACGAGUUCUUGAAACUAUGGAACGUGACGAGCAGUUUGGAAUCAAAAUCCAGCCAUGGAUUGAUAAAGGCUUCUUUAUGGCUGAUGGUGAUUGGACUUGCUAUCGUCGUAACUACUUCCAGGUGUCUACGUCUUGGACUGGCUCGACUCUAAUAUCUGGGAAAUCGCUGGACUUGCCGUGCUUGGUAUAUGAUGCCAACAAUCCAGCUGAAAUAAUCCGUACUAUAACAUCCUUCCAUAUUGGCCUGAUUGCUCGGUCAGCUACUACAGGUCGUGAUAUCGAACUCGUACAACAUACCGCUAAACGUGAUAAAGGUCCGCAAACUAUACCACUGCCUCGUCAAUGUAACCCUACUAAACCAGGAGCUAGUGCCAUUGUACAAGCGUUUGAACGUCUUCAAUUCAAACAAGCUACAGCAAACAAUGGGCGUCGUCGAGCUACUCAACAAUACCAUGUACUUGUAGUCCAGCUCCACGGUCGAACAGCUGAUGGUAUGGAUUUAAUUGUCGCUGAAUCCGAAUCAGCAAACUUGGUAGUCCGUGGUCGUGCACCUGGACAUUAUCAGGCACAGGAGAAUCGUCACUCGGGAGAAAACUCGAGAGCUGCUUCACCUACAUCUGACGGUGAUGAUGAGCAAGAUCUCCACGAUCACGGCGGUAAUAGUAGUAGCACUGUGGGAGCUCCCAGUACCAUGCCAUAUCAGUCCAGCUUCCCUCAACAUGAGCAAUUACAACAACCGCAAAUGCCCCAACACCAAGUACAUCAUCAACAACAACAGCAACAGGGGCCUACGCAACCAAACGUAGGGUAUGCUACUCAGCCAUUCUACUCGUAUCCUCCUUCUUCGUAUGGUGUCCCACCUGAAGGUGACUGGAACCAUCGUGGACAACCAGACUUGGGAGGAAUACAUCAUAGUAGAUACCCAGAUCACUUUGGAGCUCCUCCGUAUUAUAGUGAGCCUCCACAGCGUGGACCUCCUACAUACAGGUAUCCUCCUCCAGAGCAACCAAUGGCGCUAUCUCACCUUCCUCCUCAACAACAUAUGGGUCGCAACAGUAUGGACGGCUCCCGCAAACGAAGCAUGUCUGGUAGAGAUGAUGAAGAAGAAGCAGAGUUUGAUGACUAUCCUCAGCAUACCGCUGCUGCUCAUCAUGAUACUGGUGCAGAUGAAGACGAUGGGGAAUCGGGUGAGGAGGAAUAUCAAGAUGAAGAUGAUGAAGAUUUCGGUAGCCGUCGUAAACCCGCAAAGAAAUCUCGAACUCGUCGUUAA